AUGCCGUCGGCGAAACCUGUCUUGCCACUUCUGAAGACGCCUAAAACAAUGACCUUUCCUUCCGAGCUCCACGACAGCCCACUAACUGCUGGUCCUCUUACCGCUGGGUCUGAUAUCAUUAAGCGUGAGGAAGGAAGCGCAACACCGAUUUCUCCACCUCAAGCCUAUACCGAAUUUCUCAAAGCUCUCACGCCUGUCUUCACGAGUCCUGUGAGUGCCGGUGUUGAGUUUUCAAGAUUCAAGUUCGAGAAACGACGCCCAUCGCCCAUAUCUGUACCACCGAGCGCAACCAGCACAACUUUUUCUGCUCACGACAAUCCAAAAGUUGCCAGCGCUACUCUUCCACCUCCCUCCCCCGCCCCGAGUCCGCAGUCCGCUAAACCCCCGACAAUGCUACGACGUCUACGCAUUCCACAAACAUGCAUAUAUUCGCCAGUCAGCGACUCACCCAGGAGCGCACGUACUCUUAGGUCUCCAUUUUCGCCCUCAGAUUGGAAGAUUCGAUACAUUGAGACCCCUCGAAGCGCGGGUGGAAAGUCCGUCAGUGUGCGACAAGUAGUGACCAGAACUGUUACAUACAAGCGCACACACCUUGAUCCUCCUCCGAAAGGAAAGCGCCGCAAGACAAGUGAGACUCGAGAUACCUGA